ACACUUACAAGUUUCAAACAUUUUUUUUUUUGAAAGGACAAGUUUCAAACAUUGAAAGGUGGUUGAAUGGUUGUUACCACUUCACUACCAAACACUCAAAUUCAAAACCUUUUUCCUUUUCCAUUCUAAAAUGCAAAACACCGCUUCUUCCAUUUUAUCGUUUUCUUCUUCUCACCGUCACCAUGUUCUCCUCCUUCUGGCGAUCCAUCGAUCGCUUCUCCCUUCAACACUUCAAAUAUGUAAUUAGGGAAUUGAAGAAAAUCAAAGCUGUGAACGAGCAUAAUAGGGAAUUUGUGGUGGAUUUAUUGCAGUGUAUUGUGGAGAUAGUAACAUAUGGCGAUAAACAAGAUCCGUUAAUUUUUGAAUGUUUCAUGGAACACCAAGUGCUCGCGGAGUUUGUUCGCAUACUUAAGACCAGUGAAAUUUCAAACAUUGAGGCACCGCUGCUUCAGUAUCUGAGCAUAAUGAUUCAAAACAUGGAUAGUGAACAAGCAAUUUACUAUUGCUUCAGCAAUGGUUAUAUUAACAGCAUUAUUUUGCAUCCCUACAAGUUCGACGGAGGAGACAUAGCUUCGUACUAUGUGUCUUUUCUAAGGGCAAUUAGUGGUAAAAUAAAUAGAGACACACUCUGCCUCCUUGUGAAGGUUCAUGGGGAUGCUGUAGUCUCCUUUCCAUUGUACACUGAGGCUUUAAGAUUUGCUCAUCACGAGGAAAAGAUGAUUCAGACAGCUAUACGUUCAUUAGUUCUCAAUGUAUACAAUGUUAGUGAUGACAUGGUGUAUCAAUUUAUAAUGACUCCUCCAGUUUCCGAUUAUUUCUCUGACCUAGUUCAUAGAUUAAGAGAUCUAUGCUUCUGCUUAGACAGUAUUCUCUAUGAUAAAGGGGAGGUGGAGACUCAAACACGAAGAAAUGGGCUGAUUCUUCAAUCUGAUAAAAUCGCGGAUGAACUGUACUAUUUUAAAGAUAUUCUUAGUGUUGGCAAGCCACGUUUGACAAGGCUGGUGACUGAAAAUCUGCUGAAUGGGCUUGUGUUUCCUAUAUUAUUCUCAUUACUAGCAUCAAAGAAUAAUGAUGAGUCGGGUUUAUCUUCUGUCACUUCACUAUAUAUUGUAUCCCACAUUCUUCAAGUCGUUGGUGGAAGAAGCAUGAUUAACAAUGUGGCGUGUGUCAUCUUGUAUCAUUUUUUGAACUUAAAUAUGAGAGUUGAAAGUGAAGAGAAUACUACUGAUGGUCAUGAUGAUGUUAAACCUUUUGCCAAUUGCUUGAGUGAAAUUGAAAGAACUAUUAGUUGUGCUCCAGAGUUGAAUGGAGCUGAGAGCAUCGGUGGGAACUAUUUAGGGGCUCAUUGGGAAGAUUUCACUUCUGGUUUCAGCACUGAUGAAAUUUGUUCCAAAAGGAGAGGAGUGCUUGAAUUUGUUUUCUCCGAGGAUCGCAGCCUAGUGCUAGCAUCUAUAUUUCUGUUGCUCAUUCUGGCAGAAAGUAAAGAUCUUGAUUGUUUCUUAUCUCCAAUGAUAGGGCUAUAUCAGACUGGGGUUGUUAUGUUGCAAAAUAAUGGUGCAUCAACAUCCAAGUCUGCGGAUGCAAGUAUCUUCAGUAGAUUUAUGCCUGAGAUUUUAAAUGCUGUCCUGAAGGUUUUAGCCUUCCAGCAAUCCCUCCCUGCAAUGAUGCUAUGGCAUGUUGGAUGGUGCUUACGAAAGUUACUUGGCUUCAACAGAGAGGGACUUGAUAGUGAUAAUCUCCUCCUGUUUACUACUUCAUAUGAUCAGUCUCGUGCUCACUUUUUGAAAGAACUUGAUGGAAUUUGGUUUGAUCAUAUACCAGAUGCUCUAAGAACUGAAUGGGAGAGCUGUAUAAGAGCUCUUGAACAAUCUUCCCAAUAUAAAGAUCCAUUAUUUAUGUUCGAGCUUGUUCUUGACCAACAAUCUACCAAUGGAGAAACCUCUUCAUAUUUUGCUUGGCAAAGAAUGGAUGAUGCAAUGAAGGCAUUUAUUUUACACUUCCAGCUGAAGACGUUCAUUUUCAAAAGUGCAUUGGUUGAGAAGCCAUUUUUGAACACUAUUCCCAGUUCUACCAAUGAUUCUGGAGCAAAUAGAAGUUUAAAUGUUUCAUCUGCUAGCUUUGGGUCCAAUGUUUCGUUGGAAUGUGGAAUGCCAUGCCGGAUCGCAUUUUCAAAUUCUGAAAUUAGGGAUGUAUAUGUAAUACCAGUGGCAUAUGAAAUGAUUGGAAAGUUGAUUCUUGCAGAGAAACACCCAUUCCGCAGUCGACAUGGAGUUGUGAUUGCGAUUGCCCCAUUGGCAGCAUUAUGUCCUAAGAUUGAUGAAGACCACCCCUCGUGGUUGCUUCUUCGAAUAAGAAAUUUUGAUCCACGGUUUUAUACAAUUAAAGCCAGAAACAACAACCUAAGCAUGUCAGAUCAUUUGGCAGAUGGGAGAUGGACCCUCGGUUUCCCAAAUGCAAAAGCAUGCGAGGAAGCUCAAUUGGCAAUUCUCAAUGAAGUUACCAAGCAGAGAUCAGCCGUGGAGUACAUGCUUGCUCCGUUGCUUCAGAAUGAUCUCGGAUUAGCUGUAGACAAAGGUAGUUACAGUUGUGUUACCCCUUAGAAUUAUUGUCUCUCACUUUUAUGGUUUAAUCUUCAUAUUGUUCCCUUUCUUAAUUUUUUUCAUAUUUCGGUUUUGUAAAUAGGAUAAGGUUUAUGCUGCAUGUAAUAACUGAUAUAACUGUACAGUAUUUCUUCGGCAUAUAUAUGUACCAAUUGCGUAGCAGAUGUUUAUCUGAUUUCAUGUAGAAAUGUGACUAUUUGUAAUACUUGAAUACAAAGUUUCAGUGAUUCCUGAACAUUUUGAUUGUUA